UAUACAUUUUUAAUUUUUUAUCAGUAAUCAAAAAGUUAUAAAAGAAGAAAUCUUCUGUAAUCAAUGUGUUUUUUUGCUGCCUUCUCACGACCUCCAUUUGUUUCCUUUUUUCCAUUCUCCUUCCUUCCUUCCAUUUUUCUGAUCAACUCUUUUGACGUGUUCAUAGUUUGAUUCCAAUUCUAAUUCCAAUUCUUUUUUGUUUUUUGGAAUCGAGUGGAAUAAUUUUUGAGAUUCAGUAAGUUUAACUGUCUGAUAUCGAUGGAAAAGAUGAACUUGUUAAGUAUUAUCGUGACAAGAACUCGAGUUUCAUGUUUUUUGGCGGGAGGUGCUUGGUGAGUCUUUGCUUUUGCUUUUGUUAAUCCGCUUGAUCGUGUAAAUUUGGAUGAAGAAACACAUGUAUAUGUGUGUUUGACGGCUAUAUUUGUUCAGAAAUUAAUGUUUACGUACCUAGGGUUCUAAUUGGAACGACUGUGUGUGAAGAUUUCGGAAAAUAAUCGAUUGUUGUUAUUACAAAAAAAUGGCUUCGAAUCACUCAUCAUUAGAAAUGCUGCAAGAACCGAGCAUCGACACCGAUAAACUCAGCUACGAGAUCUUUUCGAUUCUCGAGAGCAAGUUUUUAUUCGGUUACGACGAUCAGAAGCUUUGGCAACCUAAACAAAUUUCCCCGGAAGUUUCUGUUGCGGCGGCUGACUAUGAAGGUGUUCAAUCGAUUAAGAACCAGAGAGGCAAAAUCUGCGUUCUCUCGAUUGACGGUGGAGGAAUGAGGAGUAUAUUAGCAGGUAAAGCCCUAGCAUAUCUGGAAAACGCUUUAAAGGAAAAGUCCGGCAAUCCUAACGCCAGAAUUGCCGAUUAUUUUGAUGUUGCCGCCGGCACGGGAGUAGGAGGCGUCUUUACGGCGAUGCUGUUUGGAAGUAAGAACCAGAGCCGUCCGAUUUUCAAGGCGGAGGACACGUGGAAAUUUUUAGCGGAACAAGGGAAACGACUUUAUGAUCAGAAAUCAAGUUCAAGCGGUGGUGGUGGCUUAUUCAAAAGGAUUUUUCGGGGGCGAAGCGGUGGCAGUGGCGGUGGCGGAGGUAUAUCUCACGCUACUACCGGAUUUGAAAAAGCAAUGAAAGAAGCAUUCAUGGUGAACGGACAGAGUUUGACUUUGAAAAACACGUUGAAGCCGAUUUUGAUCCCCUGCUACGACCUCUCCAGCUCGGCUCCGUUCCUGUUUUCCCGAGCAGACGCUUUGGAAACCGACAGCUUCGACUUCCAGCUCUGGGAGGUUUGCCGCGCGACGUCAGCCUCUCCGGACUUGUUCGACCCGGUAUCUAUGAAGUCAACCGACGGAAAGACACGUUGUGUAGCGGUUGACGGCGGACUAGCUAUGAGCAACCCCACCGCCGCCGCGAUCACGCACGUGCUGCACAACAAACAGGAGUUCCCGUUCGUGCGAGGGGUGGAGGACCUUUUGGUACUUUCACUUGGGACCGGUCAGCUUCUUGAAGGAAACUACAAUUACGAACAAGUCAAAGCCUGGAAACCCCACAACUGGUGUCGUCCCAUGGCUCGAAUUUCCGGCGACAGCUCUGCCGACAUGGUAGACCACGCCGUCGCCAUGGCUUUUGGCCACACCCGUUGUAGUAACUACGUCCGUAUCCAGGCAAAUGGAUCAAACAUGGGUCGGUGUGGGAUGAAUGUGGACUCGGACCCUAGUCCAGAGAACGUAAAAACGCUGACAGAGAUAGCCGAGGAGAUGCUGAGACAAAAGAACAACAUCAGAGGAGGAGCUGCCGGAUCGCUCCCACUGUUGCUUUUAAGCAAACCUCCACAUAAUCAAACAGAACCGAGUUCUCUUCCCCAUAAAGAUAAAGGGAGGAAGGUCGGAAAUAAAGACACUCAACUAUCAAAACAAGAAGAAAAAGUGAUCAGAUUAGAGUUACAAGAUACAUAUUCAAGUCCCAAGGAAGAUGAUUAUGAUUGUAGUUGGUGUAAAGGAGAUGGCCACUUGUUUAUGUUCUCUAAAAAAUGUUAAAACUGGAACUGUGUGUUUGUUUUUGUGCAUAUAAAUUAGUUUAUAAGCUUAUUUUUAGUGUUUGUUAGACC